UUUUGGCGAUCGAUCUCGUCCUGGCAUUUCAAUAAACGCUGUCCAUAAUACGACCAAAGGAAUUUGACCAGCAAUAAAAAUAUGUUCUUUACAUCUUCCUCCUUGCCGUUAGUUGGGUAAAACAAGAAUUGACAUUCAUUCAAUCAUGUUCUCUGCUACAUGUACACACAUUGUAAAACAUGAGCAAGUCGAUUUUCUGUGAACAGAGCCCAACAGAUGUUCAUGUUUAUGAGGGCAGUAAGGUGUUAAAACUUUUCAGUCGAUAGGAUGAACUGAUUAACUUCUAAUCCGAAGUGCAAAUUGACUAGCUUUGUUCAAAAUGACUGCGAAGCCAUCUUUUCCUUAGAAACAGAGAUUUAAGUCGCGUGCCACGCGCGAGCCUGAAUAAUCGUAUGCUAAUAACAUGCGGAGGGGGAAAUAUUUAAGACACACUUAUACCGGCCGACCCGUCAGUGUUAAAGUCUCGUGACAGAGUUUGCAUCGGUGAAGUUCUCCGCUAAACGCCGGAUCGCAGCAAAUCAGUCUCUUAAAGUCUUGAAUGUGGAACGCACGCUGGGUUCUUUCGUUAGUUGACACCGUGAUCCACGUGUACUGGCAGUUCGGAGCUCACGAAUAACUGACUUGAUUAAUUUGGAAAAGAGUUUGGUCGGCAGUCAGUUAGUACAGUCCUAUACUGGAGUUGUGCGUUUACUUGAAGAAGAUCAUAGCGCCAGACUCGUGUCACACACCGUGUAUACCACUAGUGCACGUACACACACCACCAAAAGGGGUGUCACUACAUAGCCCCAUUCAGUGAGCAGCACUCCCUCAUUCGUCCGUGCGUGCCGAGUACUGUCAAUCACACAUCAGUAGGCGGAGCCUAUCCACAAAGCCGAUCGGAUGCAUACGGUCGUGUUCGCUCUUUGAUACGACCAGGCAGAUAUUACUCGCUAGCCGUACACGGAGUGCGGCAGAGUCACAUAUAAUCAUGGGUCGGUUACGGCUCUCCUGGAGAUAUAUCACGGUUUUAAUGGUUUAUUUCAUCACAGUUUUUACAAAGGUAACGGGAACAGAGCGGUUCGAAUUGGAAUUAUCAUCGUUUAGGAACACUCUGGCAGCGGACAGUCAAGGGAACUGUUGUGGCACGGGCUCCCCUGGCCAAUGCACGGCGCAGUGUGAGACCUUUUUCAGGAUUUGCUUGCUCGAAUACAUGCGGGAUAUACCAUCUGAUGUGGAAAAUACACAGGCUUGCACUUUUGGAGAAGAAAUUACACCGGUUCUUGGAGAUAACACAUUUGAUAUUCCCACUGGGCCCUCGGAGGAAAAUAAUUUCGUCAACCCAUUGAAAGUUCAGUUGAAUUUCGCCUGGCCGGGGACCUUUACGUUAAUAAUCCAAGCGUUUCACGACGUUACAAGUCUUGGACCCGCCCCAGGUAGCGAACGGCAGGUUUUAACCAGGGUUGCCUUUCAACAAUUUCUGGACGUCGACACACAGUGGUCGAACAGAACACACACAGACGAGGAGCACCAGCACGAAUUGAACAUCUCCUAUCGGGUGGUCUGCAAUGAGAAUUACUACGGACCGACAUGUUCCAAUAUUUGCCGGCCCAAGAACGACAGCUUGGGCCACUGGAGAUGCGACCAAAACGGCCAGAAAGUGUGCUUGGAUGGCUGGGAGGGAGCCUUUUGCACCAUAGCAAUCUGUGCCGAAGGUUGUGCACAUGGAACAUGCACUUCAGCGCCAGGAACAUGCACAUGUCAGUAUGGCUGGGAAGGGGAACUUUGCGACCAGUGUAUUCCCUAUGAAGGCUGUGUUCACGGGUAUUGCGACACGGUACCUGGAGAAUGCAUCUGUAAUCCGGGCUGGGGUGAUCUGCUGUGCAAUCAAGAUCUUUAUUACUGCACGAACCACAUGCCAUGCAAGAACGGAGGCACCUGCGAGAACGGCGGUCAACCCGAAGGCUUCACGUGCUACUGCGCGCCGGGAUUCACCGGUAUCGACUGCAGUGUGGCGGUUGAGUGUCCUUGCCAGAAUGGUGGUACAUGUCAGAGCACCGAGAAUGGCUACGCAUGCGCCUGUCCGUCAGGGUUCACUGGCAUGUACUGUGACACCAUCCUGGUACCUACCUGCUGCAGUAAUGGUGGCACCUGCAUCACAACCCAAGAUGGCCACCAAUGUCUGUGCCCGCAAGGCUUCGUGGGCAACCGAUGUGAGACAAGAGAUUACUGUAGCAGCAGCCCGUGUGUCAACGGAGGUACUUGCGUCAACACUCUGAGUGGAUUCUAUUGCGACUGCCCCAAUGGAUAUACUGGAAGCACCUGCAGCAGGAACGUGUGCUCGGCCGAUAUGUGCAAGAACGGGGGUACCUGUGUGGCUGACUUCGACACCCUUCGAUGCGUGUGUCCUAGACGCUUCACCGGCGCCCAGUGUGAGACUGAGCUGACUGAGUGCCAGCUUACCGCCCCUUGUGCCCACGGAGCUACCUGCGUGGACCAUGAGGUCAACGGCUACGAGUGCCUGUGCCAUGUUGGAUAUACCGGCCGGAAUUGCACCGUACCGACAGCCUGUCUGCCCAACCAGUGUCUAAACGGAGGCACCUGCUCCCCGGAUCUUACGAAUCCCCUGGAUUUUGUGUGUACCUGCCCUGCUGGUUGGAUUGGUAAGACGUGUGGAAUAGCCGAGAGGCAUGAUGUGACGGCUUCAACUACCACGCUGGAGCCGUCGGUCACCCCUGGUAGUACUACCAACGAUCGCUCAUCAGCCUCCUCAUUGGGAGGCAAUGGAGGAGGCGACGUGGGGACCAGCUCACCGUACAUCCACACCUCUUACGGCUUGUCUGAUGUCACCCAGAUUGCUAUCUACGUGUCCUUCGGUGUGCUCAUCAUUAUUCUCAUCAUCAUUCUCAUUAUUGUAGUGUACAGAAGACAACACGUGGACCACAGCCACGCACGUGGUGCGCGGGACGUUGAGAAAACAGACUCGACGCCCAACAACAGACACAUGUACAGAGACAACUUUUCACAGGAGGAGAAAGUCCUCCCGUUGCUCAGCAUCAGCAGCAAAGUUUGCAAUACAGAAAGUGACAAUUUUAGCAAAUCAAAGUGCAAAGACUACUCCGCCAAGGAGACAUACCACGAGAGCCUGCCCGUGGAGAAAAUUAGCACACAGGAGUGCAUGAGUUACGUCCAGAGACACUCGUUGCCGAGACUGGACGCGGAGGAUAGUUAUUAUUAUUACGAUGAGAAAGCUUCUCAGCUCAAAAGAACUGAAUCGUUGCACUCGACAUGUCAGUCAACGGAGAGCACGCCGAGACACAAUAUUAAGUGUUCCAUCGUGCAAAUUUCUGCAGUUAUUGAAGAAAGCAACCCAAAAAGUGUAAAUAGAAAUUCACAGUGUUAUUCAGUACAUCUCAACGAAGAAAGGUCGACGCCGGCAAGAUUGCAAGCAACAGAGGUAUGAGUCUUCAAUGUUGUGGUCGCCCUGUGAUGCCAACACUGCCAUUUGUUUUUGUUUAAAAAAAUACCUGCUUAUACAUCACUGCCAAUAUUGCUGUCGUUGAUGACUUCGCCUCUCCUUCAGAAACUACUCUUCUAUGCAGCCUGUUGCCGACCGGCUCUGGCCGCUUCUGUACGUACGUACUGCAGCUAAGGAUACCACUGUGCCUUGGAUGAUAAUUAUAUCAUAGUUAAUUCGCAGCAAUAUUCCAAAGCUUGAAAAAAAACGACAAAACAAAACAAAAAAAAGUUUUCAUAAACAAAAUAGAAAAAGUAAACUGUGUUUUAGUAAAAAGUGUCUGCUUUCUAUAGCGCGCUGUUUUUGAUUAUCUUUGUAUAGUAAGGCUAUGUACCAUACAGAAUGGCCAUGCUUUGUACUGGGAUAAUGCGGUGACGUACGUUUACAUAAAAGUGGUUAACACCAUCCCUUUUUACCGAUGUAGUUUCCUUUUUCUAUUGAAAGUUGUUACAUAUUCCUAUUUAUUGCAAAAAAAUGAAAACUUAAACUGAUCAAAAAAUAGGAACUUAUGAUUGAUUGUGUUGUUAAAUUAUUGAGAUAUAAAUUUUCUUGAAAUAUUUUAUAUAUUUUUGUGAGUUAAGAGUUUCCUUUUUGAUUUCCAUAAUUUAAUUAUUAAACUAACAAAGGCGAAAAAAACGAGAAUCGAUUUUAAUGACUUUAUUGGAUAGCUAGAAGUUUCUUACCGAUUAGGACCAUUUUCUAGCUACCAGAAUUAAUUACUAUGCAUGCGGACCAAAAUGUAUUUUAUUGUGCCGGACAUUAUCAUGCUCCGUUCUUGGCCGUUUUCUCACCAGUGCGAUAGGUGUUUUCGCUGGCAUUUUGUCCAAUUUUGUAUAUGCUGUGUAUAUUUUAUAGGGAAAGUAAAAAAUGCACAUUUGUAUAUACAUAAUGUGGAAAAUCAUUGGAUUAUCGUAUUUGGUAUUUUGUGAUUUUGGAAUCCGAAAUAAAUGAACCAAACUGGCAGAUGUUUUCUUUUUUUAAAGAACGAA